AUGCCCAGGAACAGGUUUCAAAAUAUUCUGAGAUUUUUGCACUGCAACAACAAUGAGGAAGAAAUUCCACGUGGUCAAGAGGGGCACGACCAUGCUCAUAAGAUAAGACCAGUCCUUGACCUUUUAAACAAUACUUUCAAAGACAAUUAUGAGCUUGCCAGAGAUAUAACGGUUGACGAAUCAAUGGUUGGAUUUAAAGGCCGUCACCACUUAGUUCAGUAUAUGCCUGGUAAAAAAAGUCAUAGAUGGGGACCAAAAUGGCAUGUUUUAGCAGAGGGCGACACUGGGUAUGUGAAUACACUUAGUCUGUAUUGUGGUAAAGGUGGAGCACGUAGUCAACAUGGCUCUGGAUUCGAUUUAGUAACAGAUUUGGUGAAUCCUUUUUAUAAUAAAUGGCACCAUGUUUUAGUAGAUAAUGCCUUUUGUAGUCCACAUUUAUGCCACUACCUCCUUGAAAGAAACACGUAUAUAACGGGUACAGUACGGGUUCACAGGAAAGGCAUGCCAUCUUCGUUUAAACGAAUCCGUGUUCCAAAAGGAGGACGUGAGGUGCGACAGCAAGGACAAUUGAUGGCCAUGAAAUAUGGCGAUAGAAAGCAGGUCACUUUUCUGUCAACGUUUUCUGAUCCUAGAAUUAUUCCAACAACUAACGCAAGAGGAGUCAGGAGGGAGGUACCAACAGUUGUAAAUCUAUACAAUAAGAAGAUGGGUGGAGUCGAUCUAGGUGAUCAACAUAUUCAGUCCUAUGACCCAGAUGUACGAUCUCUUAAAAUGUGGAAGAAGCUUCUCAUCAACAUGAUUUUGAGAGUUCAAAAAGAAAACUAUGCAGAGUGUGCAAAAAGAAAACAAGAUCAAACUGCCCUACCUGCUGUGUUGCUCUAUGCAUUGGUGACUUGUUUCCGCCGGUUUCACUCCAUCAGAUAUUUCUAA